AUGGCGACCACGGCGGCACACGCCGGGCGCACGGCAGCGCCGAGCCAGGCCAAGCCAAGCCCGGACCAGCGCCGCAACACCCAGCACCACCGAGGCGGGACCACGGAGGGCACCGCACCGCCAGGGACGCCGGCGAGCGGCGAAUCGCCGCAAACCCGCGCAACCCUAGUCGCAGUAGGGUUGGGGGCGAACAGGGAGGGCCUCCAAUCACAAAUCGACGCGGACCAUCUGAUGCGCCGUCGAAAGCUGUGCAAUCUUCUCAAAUCGAGGGUCGAAUCGCCUGAAUUCCUUCAAAAGCUUGAUAACAUUCAGAAGUCGGUAUACCAAAAUGGCACAGUAGAUGAGACCAUAUCAUGGGAUAUCGUAAGCGCGGCAGAUAUAUGGGAUGAUAAGAAUAUGAACGUCAGUGAUGAUUCAGAGGAUGGAUAUGUUCUCGUUAAGCAAGAGGAUAUAGUUGAUGGGAUUGCGUGCUUCAUGGCUGCAUACUUGCUGUCGCUGAAAGAAACUAAGGAAUUGACGCCCAAUCAACUUCAAGAUGCCCUUAGCAAGACAUUUUCAACUAAAAAGAGAAAAGGGAAACUUCAGAAGGCAUGGGCUGGAACACAAGUUAUUUAUAAUGUAGCGUCAUGGAGUGCGACAGCUAUUGGUAUCUACCAGAAUCCGGCGAUUCUAAAAGCGGCAACUGCAGCCUUUUGGACAUCCUGCCGCGUGGUAUCCAAGUUUCUGUGA